GCGGCGGCGGCCGGGAAGGAACAUUGUCUGAGCAGGUGGAAGAGGAUACAUCGUCUCCCAGCCAGCAGCACCACCUGUCGCUAGGCGAGAAGCCCGGUAAAAGAAAAUAUGUUCUCUAGAUUAAGAAUAGUUGCCUCUCCUUGUACAUUGGCAUGUCGAAGUAUACACACCAAAGAAAAAGGCAAGCCAUUAAUGUUGAAUCCAAGAACAAACAAAGGAAUGGCAUUUACAUUGAGAGAACGACAAAUGCUUGGACUUCAAGGACUUCUACCUCCUAAAAUAGAGACACAGGAUAUUCAAGCUUUAAGAUUCCAUAGAAACAUAAAAAGAAUAAGUGAUCCUUUGGAAAAAUAUAUCUACAUAAUGGGAGUUCAAGAAAGAAAUGAGAAGUUAUUUUAUAGGAUUCUUCAAGAUGACAUUGAAAGAUUAAUGCCAAUAGUAUAUACUCCAACAGUGGGUCUAGCCUGUUCACAAUAUGGACACAUCUUUCGGAGACCAAAGGGAUUAUUUAUUUCAAUCUCAGACAGAGGCCAUAUUAGAUCAAUUGUGGAUAACUGGCCAGAAAAUGAUGUUAAGGCUGUUGUGGUAACUGACGGAGAGAGAAUAUUGGGCCUUGGAGAUCUGGGUGUCUAUGGAAUGGGAAUUCCAGUAGGAAAGCUUUGUUUAUAUACAGCUUGUGCUGGAAUACGGCCAGAUAAGUGCCUCCCUGUGUGUAUUGACGUGGGAACUGACAAUCCAUCACUCUUAAAAGAUCCAUUUUAUAUGGGCUUAUAUCAGAAAAGAGAUCGCUCAAACAGUUAUGAUGACCUGAUUGAUGAAUUUAUGGCAGCCAUAACUGACAGAUAUGGCCAGAACACUCUUAUUCAGUUUGAAGACUUUGGAAAUCACAAUGCUUUCAGAUUUCUAAGAAAAUAUCGAGAAAAAUAUUGUACCUUCAAUGAUGAUAUUCAAGGGACAGCCUCUGUUGCACUAUCAGGUCUUCUUUCUGUACAGAAAGUUCUUGGUAAACCAAUCUCUGAGCAUACUAUCUUGUUCCUUGGUGCAGGAGAGGCUGCUCUUGGAAUUGCAAACCUCAUUGUUAUGGCCAUGAUGGAAAAUGGUAUUUCAGAAGAAGUAGCACGAAAAAAAAUCUGGAUGUUUGACAAGUUUGGCUUAUUAGUCAAGGGAAGGAAAGAUAUGAUAGAUAGCCAUCAAGAACCAUUUGCUCACUUAGCUCCUGAAAACAUACCUAAAACUUUUGAAGAUGCAGUAAAUAUACUUAAACCUACAGCUAUUAUUGGUGUUGCAGGUGCUGGUCGACUCUUUACUCCUAAUGUGAUCAAAGCCAUGGCCUCAAUCAAUGAACGGCCAGUAAUAUUUGCAUUAAGCAAUCCUACAAUAAAGGCCGAAUGCACAGCUGAAGAAGCAUACACACUUACGGAGGGCCGAUGCUUAUUUGCCAGUGGUAGUCCAUUUGAGCCUGUGAAAUUAAAAGAUGGAAGAUAUUUUAUCCCAGGCCAAGGAAACAAUGCUUAUAUUUUCCCAGGUGUGGCUCUAGCUGUAAUUCUUAGUGGUGUUCGGCAUAUCAGUGAUCACGUCUUUCUAGAAGCUUCAAAGGCAUUGAGUGAACAAUUGACAGAAAAGGAGCUAGAGGAAGGAAGGCUUUACCCACGACUCUCCAAUAUUCAGGAAGUUUCAAUUAACAUUGCUAUUAAAAUUACAGAAUAUCUGUAUGCCAAGAAGAUGGCUUUCCGUUACCCAGAACCAGAAAACAAGAGUGACUAUGUUAGAUCAAGAAUAUGGCGAAGUGAUUAUGAGUCUUUGCUGCCAGAUGUAUAUGAAUGGCCUGAAUUUGCAUCACAUCCUCCCAAACUACACGAAUAGAAGCAUUCCUUCUAAAAGGACACUUGCUAAGCUGCAGGGACCUCCUUCCCCACCCUCCCCAUUUUUUCCACACCAAGUAGAAAAAAUAAUUGAUAUUUGCAGGGGUUUUUUUUUUUCCCGUAUUUUAUUGUCUUACUCCAUUUUGCUUGAUUUAUUUCUCCAAAUAUCUAUAAAUCAGAUCUGUGAGAGAAUACAUCACCUACAUUGUUUGUGCGUUUUUAAAAAAGAAAAAAGUUCAAACGACUAUAAUGCUCUAAUACAAGCUUGGAGUACAUGCCACACCGUAUAUGCUAAAAAUAUAAAUGCAUAUGUAUUUUUUAGAUGUGUUUAUUGUAUUCCCAUUCACUGCUGACUGCCAAAGUAAAAUUACUUCUGCCAUUAUAAGUAAUAAUCUUCUCCCAUCCAAUUCCUUCAGGAUUAUUUAAAAUUCACUCCUGUGGAAGUGAAAAAACAAAUUUUGAAUUCUAACUUGAAGCAAGAAAUCCCUUUAAUUAGAAACUCUACACUUUUCUAAAGUCUAAAGGAAAGCUUUUCCUGGUAUCCAAAAUGUUAUUCCAUUUAACCAUAGACUUUGUCAAUCUCUGACAGACUGAGUUGUGAAAUAGGAAAAGUUUUCUAUAUUAUUUAUUUUAUCUAAAAUAUUUUAUUAGUAGGGUGAAAUGAGAGCUAGUAUGAGCUUUAGAAAAACUAAGGAAAUGGUCAACCAGUCUAUUGAAAAAUACACCAAAAUUGUGAUCAGGAUCUUCUCUUUUUUUUUUUUUUAAACUUUACAUAGGUAAUAUUGGUUUAUAAUUAACAGCAUACUAAUUAAUUGUUCAAUCUUGAAGUUAUAUUCUGAAACAAGCGUAAUUGACAAUACUUCCAUCUUCUUGAAUUGCAAAUGAUUCUUUAAGAACAGGAUGUAAUACAGAAGACGACUUAAUGUAAUGUAUCAUAUUCAUAAAUUAUUCAGCUAAAUAGUCCCCUUCUUAAUCAUCUCUUUGGGAAUCUCUUGUAUUUCCUCCUACUACCUUGUCAUUUCUCACAACAUUUUUAGAAUUUUUUGGAGUUAUUUUUAGAAUACUGGGGUCUUUUUGUUUUGAUUUUUACUAAAAAUUUUCAUUCUCAUGAGGUGGAUUUGAGUUUUAGAAGUAGCUAAAAAUUGUUCAGAGGCAAGUGUGAUAUAUGAAGUGGGUUAGGAAGAUGAGUAUAUCUUUUGCAGGUUAGGGAUUUAAGCAUAAAAUAAUGAGAUUAAUUUUCUUUCCUUUUUAGAGGCAAUUCCAAACCAAGAGUUUGAGAUUUGAAAAACAACAUUUAAUUGGAAGUAUACAUUUUGGUCAGCAUAGUAAUUUGUAAUCUCAUUUCAGAUGUGUAAGUUACUUGAUUUUCUUCACAAUAGUCAUGUAUUCCUCUAACAUUAUAGAAAAAUGUGUAGUGGCUCUUAAGAGGGGAAUCUUUUUUUCUUUUGUUUCAUUUCUUCAGUGGAAAGAGUUGUUGAAAGGUAGAUUGAUGGUAAUUCUGAGUAUGUGUUUUUUGAAACUCAGAAACCUUUCAGUUGAUCCCCCUUGUUUAAUAUGACUUCUUAGGAAAUUUGAUUUAAAUAAUUAUAAAUGGAUGCCCUGACUAUUCACCACUAUGUUUUGUAAAUCUAUUUCCUAUGAAAUAAGUAAAUUAUAGUUAUGCAUUUUUCAUGCUUGGAGACUAAGCAUUUAACUUUUUUUCCUCCUCAUUGCUCUUCAUUUAAAAUAGGUAACCUUUAAAAUGAUCCUAUCCAUAAAAUUGUAAUAAUUUGAGGUUCUAAUGUAAAAUAAUGGGCAUAAUUAUAGAUUUCUUUCAGCUAUUGUUUUUUGAAGCCAGGAACUGCGAAUUAGAAAAUAAAUUUUACGUUCUUGGUAAAUAUGUCCAUUGCUAUACUUUCAGUGUAUAAUUAUGCAUUUUAGAAAUAAAGUGAGCAUCUUUAGUGAAUGCCCUUACAUAUAAUUCAAAUAAAGCAGUAAGCUUUGUGUUUUUUUGUCUUGGGGGAAAAUGGCUUACACAUUUUGGUAAUAUGGUUUUCAAGAAAAUGUCAGGAAAAGAAACUUGGUAGUACAAGUUUUUAAAAAAUUUAAAUCUUAAGGUAUCUUUAAAGCUGCUAGACACCAGUGUCCUUUCUUGUGACAGAAAACUAAGGAGAAUUUUAUUUUAACAAUAGAAGUUUGUUAAUUUCAUGUGAUUAUGACUCCAGAUUCAUGUUUUGAUUCUUCUUAGUGUUACUCAAGAAUUGUACUUUCUAAAUCGACUACAACAAUAUAUACACUGGUUGAAAAUAUUAAUAUAGAGAAGUAGAUUGGGAAAAAACUGGAAAUAAACUAAUUUUAAAAAUUUUCUAUGAGAUUAUGUCUGGGGAAAAUGUAAUUGAUUUCAUAAGGAACAGAGAAAUAGUUGCACCUUACAGGAGAAAGAAGAAACUAGAACCACUGUUGAUUUGUCAGAGAUGAUUUAAUAGUCCAGAGUAAAAAAAUAUUAUAAUCUGGUACCAGAUAUAGUGUAGGCCAAAUGGAGCACUUAUGUAAGAAUAAGGGGAAAGAUUGCUUCACUGAUCUCUUUCCCCAAUUGAAGAGAAGGUUAAUUUACACUAUAAUGGGGAAAGUAUGUGAGUGUGAGAUUUUGGUUAAAUUGCUAAAAGUAUUAAAAUGUGGUAUGAGUUUUAAAUUCAAUACUGUGAAUAGUUUUCUGCAUUUUAAAUAUUUUUUAAAAUACCAACUCAAAUGAUGUUUUUUACAUAGAAUGACUUUUCAUCUAUUUUUGCUAUCUUAGUGUUUACAGUCUAUAAGUUCACUUAAAUUUAAGGUAUUGGUCUGAAAAUAAAUGUAAUUUGUUUGAAUUGAAGAUAAUGCUUCAGAAGAUUUCCUGAAAAUACAUCUAGCUACAAUGUAUUUCUUUGUAUUGGUUUAGAAAAAGACUCAUCAAAUGAGAACCAUUUUUUACUUUGUAAAGAGUAAUCUUGAAAAAAAAUCCAACUGAUUUUUCAAUAUAUUGUCUACUAACAAUUUGCAUUACCUUAUACUAAAUUCUAAGACCUUAAGAAAUAAGUCCUGCUUCUCUGAAUUCAGAUUGAUUGUUUUAGGAUUAAUGUGUAAUGGUUGUUAAAUGUUAUCUACAGCUUGGAGUCAGUAACAGCAAUUAUAAACGAAUAGUAAAUAAACAGUUGUCACAAAGCUUCCAGGAGGGAGAUAUGGAGAAAUUCUUUUCCUAUACUUCAUUCAGAUAUUACCCAUAUUCAUUGUCCUUUUUAGUCCUCGGUGCCCCAAGGAUGAUUUCUUCAUACUGUACAUUGUUGAAUUCAUUAACAAUAAUAGGGUCAGUUGUAUAGGAGCACAGUUAUAAGAGCUCUAAUUAAAGUUCCCAAUCCUGAAAUUUCACUUUUAAAGAAGUAAAUGCAAUUGGCAGUGCUUGUAUUUUGUAUCUGAAAUUACAUAUGUUCAGAUGCUGCUAUAUUAAUAAAUUAGAAAGUUACAAUGAGACAUGUCACCUGUUAUGAAAUAGUACUAACUCUGAUCUUUUGAUAUGCAUCAAAAUUAUUUUCUACUAGUAUUGAAAUGAGCACUUUGCAGACAAACUAAAUAAAUAAAUCUAACAUUUAAAUGUAUCGAUUAGAAUAAUUCAACUAUUAAAAAAUUCCUGGUCUUUAAUGUGGUUGAGGUUUUUCAGUAUUUUAAUUUAACCAGCAAAUUUUCCCAUAUUAUUAGUAAAGAAAUUGUGUUAAAUUCAGUGUUGUGUCUUGUAAUAGUGAGCAUAGAAUUAGACCCACAGUGUUUUUAAAUCUAUUAAAUAAGAGUGGACUUAAGAAAGGCCAGUAGUCUUUAUGAAAUGUUGAUUUGCUUUCACUGAAAAUUCCAUGCAAAAUGGAUUUGAGAAUUUUAAAUCUUUUUGCUUUUUUAUAAGGGGAUAGUGGGAUAAAAAUGAAAAUAUGUUAAAAGUUCAGUUGCAGAAACUGUACAUUAAAUAAAAUGUCUUUAAAAGCUUUGUAUCUUUUCUGUAACAGCUUCUUGCUAAAAAGCUGUGUUUUUAUAUUCUACUGUUAUCUAUUCCAUAUAAAAAAACGUUAAACCCUUUUUUGUUACUCUUAUUCUCUGGUGUUGAGCAAAUUUUUUAAGCUUUAUGUUUGAGGAGGAAAUCUUGCUGAUAAAUUAAGAGUUUUCUUGAUUUUCAUGAUUUGUUUCAAUGUCAGUGAUUUUUUUUUAAUGCUUUUUCAAAUUAAAAAAUACUUAACCAA